AAUUAGUAAUGUCAUAUUGUGCUAUACACUGCAAUGCGUAUGUGUGUGUGUGUGUAUUAGUCAUGUAAUACAUUAUCUGAUAUUGAUUUGAGUGGAGGCUGUUUGAUCAGCAGUUUGUAUGUUUGUUUGUUUGUUUCCUGUUAUUUUCCCCGCACCAGAAUGAGUAACGUCCCAGAUCUCCCCUGAUGUCUCGUCCACCGGGAGACGCACAGCUGCUCCAUGCGAGCGUUGUCCCGUCGUGUCACAUCAGAUCCAUGAUGAAGACCUCUGGUGUCAGGGAGCAGCGUGUCUCCGGCUGGCGCUGACGGGGACAGAGGCAGUGAGAGGGGACGGAGCAGGAUGCUGCCCGGUGGAGGGGCUGAGGCGCUACAACACUCUCUCUCCCUCCUUGAGCGCACCAGCGAGCGCUGAGCCAUAGGUGGAGGAGAGGGGGAGAAAUCAAAAAAGAGGCAGAGAGAUCUUCACAGACAAGAUCACAGCAAUGUGAACAAUUACGAGUGGAGAGGAGAGCUGAAAAAGAAAGAGGGGAUAUUAAGGAAAAACCGGAGGCAUCAAAGUCUACAUUAUUAAGGAGGAUUUGAGGAGUCUGCGUUUAUAAUCCGACAUCAGAGGCGGAAUGUGAAUCCACAUAACUUAUGUUAAUUAGAGAUUUUAACGAAUAUGAUGCGAUUUGAAUGGCUCUGAAGCACCGAGGGGAAGAAUUUCAGAUUGGCCACUUGAAUUUAAAUGUCUGUGGGUUUUUUGGGGGAGGACUGCUCGUGAGCCCGUGCUCACCGUCGACUUGCCCCCAGAACUGAUUUGCAGCCUCCACUGUCAUUUGCGCCUUAAAAAAAAAAAACCAUCACUUGGCUAUCAGAGGUUGUAUCGGACAACUUCUCCUGUUUUUUUCUUUCUCCCACACCUCCUGCUCACCACCACCGCCAGCACCGCCACACGCCACACUGGAGUUAUCAGCAUUUCGGACUGAGGAGGAGGGGGAUGGUUUCAGCGCGCCCGGUUCGCAGUGAUUGCCGCCUAAUUUCCCAGCUCCGACGGUGCGCCAGACUUUGUGGAGAGGGAGAUUACUGUUUGUUGUCGGCGUUCGUCGUCAGAUCCGCGGCGGUCUGCGGCGAGAUUCGACCCGGUGGAUCGUGAGACAAUCCCGAGGUGUGACUACUGACAUUUUUACGCGGCGAGCGUCGCAAAAGAAAAAGAGAGCAAGAAAGAAGAGAACCGCUCCGGAAUCAACUUCACAACUACAGCGCGCAAGUUUAAAGUCUGGAAUAUAAGAAUAGAUGAUUCUCAGAGGACAGAAGACGACAUACACAUAGGCCUGCAAAGAUGUUCAAAAGGGGCUGCGGGCUGGAGUUCCUGCUGGUUCUCUGCGGGCUCGAGUUGUCCUGGUCCUGCCCCCGUCACUGUAUCUGCUACACCGCGCCCAGCACCGUCUCCUGCCAAGCCCACAACUUCCUGUCGGUCCCUGAAGGCAUUCCUCCUGACAGCGAGCGCAUCUUCUUACAGAACAAUAAGAUCCAUCGCUUACUCCGGGGCCACUUCAGCUCCGACCUGGUCACUCUCUGGAUCUACUCCAAUAACAUCACAUACAUCGAGCCCUCCACCUUCCACGGCUUCACCCUGCUCGAGGAGCUGGAUCUGGGAGACAACCGCCACCUGCGCUCCUUGGCUGAAGACACCUUUCACGGGCUGAGUCGGCUCAAUGCCCUACACCUCUACCGUUGUGGGCUCAGUUCCCUUCCUAAUAACAUCUUCCAAGGCCUCAGAAACCUGCAGUAUCUCUACUUGCAGGAGAAUCAUCUGAAGUUCCUGCAGGAUGACACAUUUAUGGACCUCCACAACCUGAGCCACCUGUUCCUGCAUGGAAACCGCCUGUGGAGCAUUAACCAGAACACCUUCAGAGGCCUCCGAGCUUUGGACCGACUGCUUCUGCACCAGAACCAGAUUGAGUGGGUCGACCGCUUGGCCUUCCAUGACCUGAAACGUCUCACCACCCUCUACCUGUUCAACAACUCUCUGAUACAGCUUUCCGGACAGUGCCUUGACACACUGCCCGCCUUGGAAUACCUGCGCCUCAACGACAACCCCUGGUCUUGUGACUGCAAGGCCUUGUCGCUAUGGGAGUGGUUGAAGCGUUUCCGAGGUUCGACGUCUUCGGUGGGUUGUCAUGCACCGGCUGAUAUGGUUGGGAAAGACCUCAAGGAGCUGCGCAAGGAGGACUUCCCAAAUUGUUCACCAACUGUUCCCAACUCGGAGUCCAGGGCGCAGACUAACAAUUUAUCUGGCACGGUGAAUCCGUCUAUGAAUCGUGGAGUAGUGGUGGGCUCUGGAGGGCAGACCCACAUAGUGCACCCCUCGAGGCCUGGCCGACCUCGGAACUGCACAAAGCCUCGCAACAGGGUGAGCAAGGGGAAGGGUGACAAUGAAGUUCACCACUCGAAGGAGGUCAUGGCAGACAAGGAGGAUUCCUCCCCCGAUUUCACAGACGGUGGGAAACAUGACCACACGUCUCCGGACGGCACCAUCACACGGAGGAAGCACAAGUGUACUCCCCGGACCACUGUUCGUCCCCCAAGUGGGGUUCAGCAAGCCAACAAUAGGGCAACCUCAUCCCAGUCCUUACUACAUGUCUUUGCCCUCUUUGUGGCCUUGGUAACGACAAAUAUUGACUACAUCCUCCGCUGAUCAACAGAGGGUUUGACAAAUGCUAAUCACAAAAAAACACAGCCCUCAGACCCUCUCUUGCUCCUGCACUACAAGGCCUGUGUGUCUUUUCUGUAUGUGUGUGUGAGUGUGAUUAUAUGUGUAAAUGUUGUGUAGGGAGCUUUACUGUUCAGACUGAAACAGGCAUCAAAGCAUCAAACAUCGACAGCAGAGAGACUCACAGCACAAAAGUCAGAGGGACUGAGAGUCAGAGGAUGAGAAUAGGUUAACGCAGAUGAAGCUUGCACUGCCACUUAUACCAGUAUGAUUUCAACUUCAUAUGUCUUCAUAUGUCUAUAUAUAUAUAUAUAUAUAUAUAUAUAUAUAUAUAUAUAUAUAUAUAUAUAUAUAUAUUUUUUUUUUUUUUUUUUUUUUUUUACUGUUUCUCACUCAGCUGGAGCUCAGAUGACCAAAAUUUGGAAAAAAAAACUGAGUAAAAUAUGAAGAGAUGACUCAGCAAACAGGUGAAACUUGCUAGCUAGUUAGCUCUGAGACAGAUAAGCUAAGACAAGUGCUCCACUCAGCUUUCAUUUUCUGUUCAGUUUGCUAAUAGUAAACAAAUGGGACGAAAGAGGAACAUGAAUCCUCGCUCAUCCUGUCUGCCAGGAGCGUUUUUCUGUUGCAUCCUUUGCAAACAACAGAUGCGAACAAUUGGGUGUCAGUGUUACUCAUAAAAGAGGUGAAGAACAAGCAUGGCAAUAAAUUAAUGAAGUCGUAUCAGACAUAGAAAUGUGCCAUUCUCACAACAAAAUGGAAAUCUAUAGCCACACGUGUUGGAAACAGAGCUGACAGCUGGCUCUAGCAAAUUGUAACAACUACUCUCUACCUAAAGCUGGCUCUUCAGGUGCUGUACCAACAUUCUGCCUAUGUAACAGUAUUUAACAUCGAUAUUUCAUCUCUACACACAACUCGGCUUCCAUCUUCAUUUAUGUCUCUCCUUCUCUGCAACUGAAUAUUAAGCUGCUAACUGUUUCAAAACGACGAGGACUGCCAUGUGCUAUUUUCAUUUGCUUGGAAAAACAAUGUGUGUCUCUGGGAGAUCAAGCUGUGAAUAUUGACAAGUCUGUCUAUAUCUCGUGUCAGAUGUUGUUCAUUUGAUUUUUUCUACGACACAAAAUGGACCUAGAGACAGAUAUCCCUGCUGCAGGGCCGACAGGAGCCUUAGAGGUUGAGGGGGUCAGACGAGGCUUUCUCAGCUUCCCAGUGAGGUCGCACCGAACUGAUGCCUCCUCAGAGAUAUACCCGCCUCACUGAGAGCGUGAGGAACGCAUUUUUUUUUCUUAAUCACUUAACUUCGAAGGAUACGAGAACAAGACUCGAGAAAAGAGAAAAAAAAAAUGUGUGUGUGCCGUAACUGACUCGUGUGAUCAGUAAAAGAUGAAAAAAGAAAUAAACACUUUGAAUGGAGCAUGGCUAAACGAGGAUCAUGCAGAGAGAAUUGCGCCUCUUAAUUGACGGAUGUGAUUGUUCAUGGAUGUGGGGGAUCCGAGACAAAGACAAUCGCUUCUGAAGUAACAAGGCGAUGCCGCUCAAUGCUGAUCGACAGAUGGACAAUUACUGGACGUCUUGCUGUACUUCUGGAGCUUUUGUGCCUCCCUUAAAUCUACUGAUAAGAUGGUGUUUGUAUCAAUGAUGUGAACUGUAACAAUGGAGACAAGAGGACUUCUUGCAGUGCUGAUAUUAAUCAUUUACUGUAUUACUAUGAGAAAAACAAUAUCAGUGACAUUGAUGAUGAUAACAGGGUUACCUGCUCCUCCUGUCAGGAGGAGUCUUUCAAUUAUUUUUAUUUUUUUGGAUUUUCUGGUGAUUUGUUUAUUUACGUAUUUUUCAUGUUAUAUUUUUAGAGCCUUUGAUUUGUCGAUUGCACAAUUCCUCACAUCCCUCUUUCUCGUUCUACUGUAAGCCUAAUCAUCUUCUUUCUUUGCCAUAAUUCAAUUGUUCAGUAAGUUAUCAUCAGAAAAACAACAACAGUACAAAAAUGUUUAUAAAGAUAUUAAAAUCUAUAUC